AAGAGCCAUCCAAAAGCACAACUCGGAGCUUAGUCUUAGACCAUAGAAACUUACUAACCAACCAGCAAAACACAACAGCAUUAACCACUACAAAAAAAAAAUAAACCAACCUCCUCAAUCCCCCACCAUUCUAUGCUUUUUCUUUCGCUAUCUGUAGCUUGAUUUCUUGUUCAUGGCUAUGGUGAUGGACCAACAACAACAGCAACAGCAGCAGCAGCAGCAGCCGCAGCCACCGCCGACGUAUAAGCAUUACUGUAGGAUCUGCAAGAAGGGCUUCGGCUGCGGGCGGGCUCUCGGUGGCCACAUGCGCGCGCACGGCAUCAACGAUGAAGCCUCGGGGGGAAACGAUCUGGACGACGACCCCUCCGCUUGCGGCGGCAAUAAUGCCGAUCAUUGGGACGCCGCCGCGAACCCGUCGGUGGGACAUAAGCGCAUGUACGCUCUCCGCACCAACCCGAACCGCCUCAAGAGCUGCCGCGUCUGUGAGAACUGCGGCAAGGAGUUCGUCUCCUGGAAGUCCUUCCUGGAGCACGGCAAAUGCAGCUCCGACGACGAGGUCGAGGACUCGCUCCCUUCGUCCCCUCCGUCAGAUGCGGAGGACGACCUCGUUGCCGCGCACCGUGGGUAUGCCGCGUGGUCGAAGGGCAAGCGGUCGCGACGUGCUAAGAAUUCCGCCCCGGCGAUGCAGUUGGUGUGCCCGUCAAGCGAGGAGGAGGACUUGGCCAAUUGUCUUGUUAUGCUGUCGGCUGCGCGUGUCGACCCGGUGGUUGUCGUCGACACCGACCAGGAGUCGUGCGCGUCGGCAAGCAAGGACGAGGACCGGGCACGGCCGCAGCUGCCGACGCCGCCGCAUCCGAUAUCCUUUUUCGCUCCUCCGCAUGAGAAAUUGAAAUCGCCUGUGCCGCCGACAGCAACCGCGACAGCAACGACGGUCCCCCGCGGGCUGUUCGAGUGCAAGGCGUGCAAGAAGGUGUUCACCUCACACCAGGCCCUCGGCGGCCACCGUGCCAGCCAUAAAAAAGUCAAGGGCUGCUUCGCUGCCAAGCUCGACGAGCUCGACGAUGCCCGGCCCCACGACGACGACCACCCAGCCGCAGUCGCACGCGACAGUGCUGCCGCUGCCGCUGCGGAAACCGAUUCUGCCGUUGCGGGAAUGGCGAUGGCAAUCGUGCCGUUCAGCAACCCGCCCCCGCUGGCGGCGGUGGCACCGCCGCCGUCGCCACUGAAGAAGAAGUCGAAGGUGCACGAGUGCUCGAUAUGCCACCGCGUGUUCACGUCAGGGCAGGCGCUCGGCGGGCACAAGCGGUGCCACUGGCUCACGUCAAACUCGCCGUCAGACUCCACCGCGAUCGCGAAGCUCCAUGCAUUGGCGGGGCCAGACCACGCCGUCAAUCACCACCACCACCACCUAACCCUUCGGCCGAUGUUCGAGGCCAAUUCCGGGGAGCCCCUCGAUCUCAACCUCCCCGCGCCCGCCGACGAGGCCGCGGGGGGCCGGCACGCAGACAUCGGGAGCCCGCUGCGGCUCGACGUGCCCGCGACAAUCUACUUGCAAUCAUGGAUCGAUCACAGCAGUGCGAGUAACAAAGUUAAACCCACAACAAGCAGUAAGAACAACAACACUACUACAACUAAUAAUAACAAUAAUAAUACCAACAACAAGAGUGAGGGGUUUAAUGUGAAUAAUAAUAAUAAUAAUAAUAAUAGCGUGGAUGAUGAGGUGGAUAGUAACGUGAAAAUGGCGAAGUUGAGUGACCUCAAAGACAUUAACAUGGGGGGUGAGUCCUCACCGUGGUUGCAGGUGGGGAUUGGGUCAUCUGGUAACGAAGGGAGUGAACCGUAAGAGGGAAAUUUAUUAAUCCAUCCAUUCAUUCAUUCUUUUUUCUAUAUUAUUUAUUUAUAUAGAA